CCUCCCCGGCCUCCGCAGGUCGCUCAUUCCACGACGACUAGGACUAGCAGUAAGUGGCGGCGCAGACUCAAUGACCCUGGCAUAUCUAUGCAAGCAAUUAGAGAAAAGCGGGCUCGUGGAAGAUCUCUCCGUCACGGCUUUUGUGGUCGAUCAUAAAGCCCGGGAGGAGAGUUCGCGGGAGGCGAGCAUGGUUAAGGGGUGGCUUGAUGAACUUGAAAUAACCACCAAAAUCCUCGAACUAGACUGGUCCACCAAUACCAGUGAAGGGAAAGCAAGGCCCUCUGCAUUUGAGACAUUCGCCCGCAGACUCCGCUUUCAAGCCCUUGGGACAGCAUGUCGCGACAACAACAUCGAAACACUAAUGAUGGGCCAUCAUCAAGACGACAACGUCGAGACGACGCUGUGGCGGCUAUGUACGGGGGCCAGGGGCGCCGGACUUAUGGGGAUUCCGCGCGUUGCGAGGAUUCCGGAGUGUCAUGGGAUUUAUGGGGUUGCGGAGAGUGGGGAGGCGGUUGGGUUGUUGGAAAGGAGGGGGGUGUCGAGGGGGGUGGUUGCGAGUGGGGGGUUGUCGAUUUGUCGGCCGUUGCUCUCGUUUCCGAAGGCACGGUUACUGGAUACUUGUCACGAACACGAUAUUCCCUACGUCGACGACCCAACGAACUUCGAUCCUACGCUUACGCCGAGGAACGCAAUCCGGAUUCUUGUCUCUGAGAACCGCUUACCACGCGCCCUUGCACCGCCAUCUAUCCUCUCCUUGAUCCAAGCAAGCCAAGAUCUCCUCAAAGACACAAUCAACCUGUCAAAUGAAAUCCUCCGACACUGCAACCUCAUCGAUCUCAACCUCACCUCAGGAACGAUGAUAAUCCAAUUCCCACCCUUAACAUCUGCACAACCAGCCGGUACGAUCCCAACAAGACGAACAACGAAAAACCAAGACCAACGGAACCGCCAGAUUCAAGCCGUUACUCUACGGAGGAUAACAGAGUUGGUAUCGCCGUUUCCGGAGAAUCAUUUUCCGUUGAGGAGUUUUGAAAACUUCACCGAGCGUGUCUUCCAACCAAGCACUGAGACACCAAAAGGACAGGCUUUUACGCUGGGAGGGAUCAUGUUUCAACCUUUUCAGAGAGAAUUGGCAGAUCAUGGAGAUGCCGGGGAUGCAUGGUUCCUAUCACGCCAACCAUUCAUGCGCAAUCGUCUUCCGGCUCUCGAUUUCGAUACCCCAGUUCCUCCCGUCACCAACCAGCAAGAACAGCAUAUACAACCCUCUGAUAAAUAUGACCAUACACCCUGGAAGCUAUGGGAUAACCGCUACUGGUUCCGAUUCGCCAUAACGCCAAACACACCCUCACCUUCGACAACUACCGAAACCAACGACGAGAAUGGCGAUGUCCUCCUGACUGAAGAUACCCUACCAGUUACGAUUCGACCGCUACAACAAGCAGAUCUACACCAUCUACGAGAAUAUCUAUCUUCAUCCCCUUCCUCUUCGUCAUCCUCGUCACCAUCCACGGCAUCAUCACAACACCAACAACCGAAACCAACCCAGAACAAGAAACGAAAGGAAGUCAAUCCCCUCUGGACACAACUAAGCGACACCCUUUCCCGAGAAUCACCGGGUCAAUCUCGAUUCACCAUCCCCGUCUUGAUUGUUAACCAUGGUGGGAAAGAGAGAGUACUCGCGUUACCAACAUUAGACAUCCGCUUCACAUUGUCGAUGUCUAUACUCAAUUCCGUCCCAGGAGAAAGAAUACCAUGUGAAAUACACUGGGAAUGGAUGUACAAAAUGAUCGACGAAGAGACUGUCAAAUCAAUGUCUGACUGA